AUGUCUGCUGCUCGCAGUGCAGGCGCUGCCCCUCGCGCAGCCCACUUCUCCACUUGCAACAAGUUGCCAUUCUUCGGCGCCGUCAAUGCCGCCAGCUCGAGCGCACCUCGUCCCCCCCACUAUACGCCGGCCUCGAUGCGCAAUGCAGCCAGCCAGGCUCAGGCCAGGAAGCAGCUCGUCACUCUGACCGAGAUUGACAGGCUGCUCACCCACAUUGCCCACUCGGCCAACGCGGGCACCAAGAAGUCGGACACCCCGAUGGUCAUGCGCGCUCACCCGAUCCCGUGGAUGCAGGCCGGCUGCGGCGCUCCCGAGCUCGAGACCGCGGCUAGCAAGUCUCCGCAAGGCCCGCCUCUCACCCAAAAGGAAAAGGACGAGCUCAUCGAGCCCAAGCACAUGUCGGCCUCGUACACCAGCUUUGACCUGCCGCUCGCCACCGACCCAAAGCUGUACGACCAGUAUGUCAACUUUUCGGGUGGUUUCCGCAUGGGCAAGCUCCUUGAGAACCUUGACUCGCUCGCUGGCGCCGUCGCGUACCGCCACUGCCUGGCCAAUGCCCCGCCUGCGGACGGCAAGGCGACUGAGAACUUCCACCAGAUGGCCAACCGCGCCGGCAUCUACCUCGCCACUGCCAGUGCCGACCGUCUGGACAUGUUUGGCAAGCUCAACCACGAGAACGUCCGUGACCUGAAGUUUUCGGGCUUUGUGACGUGGACCGGAAACUCGUCCAUGGAGGUCUUUGUCAAGAUGGAAGGCAGGCGACCCGGUGCCGACCAGAGCGACACGCUCAUGCUGGGCCGUUUCUCCAUGGUGUGCCGUGACUCGCACACCCACAAGGCGCGCAAGGUGCCACCUCUCAUUGUGGACACCCCCGAGGAGAAGAUGCUCUGGGACAUUGGCCAGGAGCACAAGGAGCAGCGCCACGAGUUCCUCCAGGCGUCGCUGGACAAGAAGCCGCCCACGUCGGACGAAGUGGCCGACCUGCACAAGUUUAUGCUCGACGUGCGCGACAAGAAGGAGUGGCACGGCGAGACCAUUGUGCCCAUGUCCGAGACGGUCACCCAGUCGGUCCAGCUCAUGUUCCCCCAGGAGCGCAACCUCCACGGCAAGGUGUUUGGUGGUUUCCUCAUGCGUAUGGCGUUUGAGCUGUGUUUCACCAACGCUGCCAUCUUUGCGCAGCGUCCGAUGCGCUUCCUCUCGCUCGACCAGAUCACCUUCCGCCUCCCCGUGCCCAUUGGCGCCGUUGUCCGCCUCACUUCCAAGGUCGUCAAGACCACCCAGCCCCAGGACGGACCCUAUGGCGAGGCCAAGGCACACAUCAUGGUCACGGCCGAGGUCGACGACAUUGCCUCGGGCACGCGCCAGGAGACCAACACGUUCUACUUUACCAUGGGCCUCGAGGACGGCAGCCUCAUUGGCCGCACCGUUGUUCCCGAGUUGUACGACGAGGCCAUGGACUUCCUCGAGGGCGAGCGCCGUCUGGCAAUCGGCCAGGAGAUGCGCAGGCUCUACGAUGCGGACAAGGUCAUGGCAGACGACGCUUGA